AUGGUUAAGUGUGCCUCAGGCGGAUUACCCCGGUUCGUCGAGAACCCCGAACUACGCGUGCCCGACUUUCGCUACGUGGUAGAUUACAUUCAAACGCUUCCAUAUGUCGACGCUGAGCGUAUUGGCGUAUUGGGAGUUUGCGGGGGUGGCGGCUAUGCUUUCAACGCUACUAUGACCGACUACCGCCUCAAAUGCUGCGUCGGCAUCACAGCAGUGAACUUUGGCCGGUUGGUUCGGGAAUCCUUUGGUGGCUUUGAUCCUGUCGGUUCUCUUGAGAAAAUGGAUAAACAGCGAACCCUUGAAUCUCAGGGUGCUGAUCGUUUUGUUUCUCCAUACCUUCCUCCGACUGUCGAGGAGGCGAAGAAGAUGACUUCGGAUCCUGAUCUCAUCGAGGCUACGGAGUACUAUAAAACUAGCCGUGGUCAGAAACCUUGCGGUGCUACGAGCGGUCUUUUUUCGUUCAAUAGCGCCGCGGUUGCGUGGGAUGCUUUUAACUAUGCGGAAGUCAUCAUGACUCGUCCCUUUAUCGCCGUUGUUGGCGACAUUCCCGGCGGGUUUGGCGCAUAUCGUGACGGUCAUGAGAUCUAUGGCCGUGCUGCUUCUAAAGAGAAGGAACUGCUGGUGCUUCCUGGUGUAUCGCAUUAUCAGCUUUAUGACGAGCCGAAGGCUGUUCAGGCUGCGCUCGAGAAGGUCCUGCCAUUUCUGAAGAAGCAUCUUGGCGAGGCUAAAUAA